AUGGCUGACCGGACUGCUCCACGCUGUCAGCUCCGACUGGAGUGGAUCUACGGGUACAGGGGUCACCAGUGCCGCAAUAACCUCUACUACACGGCCAGCAAGGAGGUGGUGUACUUCGUGGCUGGAGUCGGCGUGGUUUUCAACACCCGGGACCACACUCAGAGGUUCUACCUGGGACACAAUGACGACAUUAUUAGCCUGGCUCUGCACCCCGAUAAGGUGCAGGUGGCGACGGGGCAGGUGGGGCGGGAGCCCUACAUCUGCGUGUGGGACGCGUACGGAGUGCAGACCGUGUCCAUCCUGAAGGACGCGCACACGCACGGCGUGGCCUGCCUCGCGUUCAGCGGAGACGGACAGAGGCUGGUCUCAGUGGGCCUGGACUCUAAGAACACGGUGUGCGUGUGGGACUGGCAGAAGGGCAAGGUGCUCGCCACGGCAACCGGGCACUCAGACAGGAUCUUUGACGUGGCCUGGGACCUGCACCAGCAGAACAGACUGGUGAGCUGCGGAGUGAAGCACAUCAAGUUCUGGUCCCUGUGCGGAAACGCUCUGGCCCCGAAGCGGGGGAUGUUUGGGCGCGUGGGGGACCUGCAGACGGUGCUGUGUCUGGCGCUGGGGAAGGAGGAGGUGACGUACUCAGGGGCGCUGAACGGUGACAUUUACGUGUGGAAGGGGCUGAACCUGGUCCGCACACUGCAGGCCGCACACACCGCGGGGAUCUUCAGCAUGUACGCGUGUGAGGAGGGCUUUGCCACGGGGGGGCGUGACGGCUGUGUGCGGCUGUGGGAUGGAGAGUUUAAACCCAUCACCAAGAUCGACCUGCGCGAGACCCAGCACGGCUACAAAGGUCUGUCGGUGCGGAGUGUGUGCUGGAAGGCGGACAGGCUGCUGGUGGGCACACAGGACAGUGAGAUUCUGGAGGUGAUGGUGCAGGAGCGAGACACACCCGUGCUCCUCAUGCAGGGACACAGCGAAGGGGAGCUCUGGGGCCUGGACCCGCACCCCAAACAACCGCUCACCGUGACCGCCAGUGACGACCGCUCUGUGCGGCUGUGGAGCCUGGUGAACCACGCCCUGGUGGCGCGCUGUAACAUGGAGGAGGCGGUGAGGAGCGUGGCCUUCAGCAGCGACGGCUCCCAGCUCGCCCUGGGCAUGAAGGACGGGUCCUUCACCGUGCUGCGCGUCAGGGACAUGACGGAGGUGGUGCACAUUAAGGACAGGAAGGAGGUGAUCCACGAGCUGAAGUUCUCUCCGGACGGGGCGUACCUGGCGGUGGGCAGUAAUGAGGGGCGGGUGGACCUGUACGCCGUGGGGCAGCGCUUUAAGAAGGUGGGCGAGUGCGCCCGCUCGCUCAGCGUCAUCACACACCUGGACUGGGCCUCCGACGGCCGCUUCCUGCAGACCAACGACGCCGACGGAGAGAGACACUGCUACCGCAUGCCCUCCGGUAAAUUGGCGGCUAAAGACGAGCUGAAGGGGGCGCACUGGGCGUCCUGGACCUGCGUGAUUGGCCCUGAGGUCAGCGGCGUCUGGCCCAAAUACUGCGACCGCAGCGACAUCAACUCCGUCCACGCCAACUACAGCAGCGGCGUGCUGGCUGCCGGGGACGACUGCGGCCGGGUCCGUCUGUACCGCUUCCCUGGGCCACGGAGAGGGGCCAAGUUUAAGCGGUACAUUGGACACUCUGCCCAUGUGACGAACGUGCGCUGGUCACCUGACCGGCAGUGGCUCCUCAGCACGGGCGGGGCCGACCACGCCCUGUUCCAGUGGCGCUUCCUGCCCGAGGGGGCGAUGAACGGCAUCCUGGAGCCGCUGCUGCAAGAGGGGUACGCGGACUCCCACAGUGAGGCGUCGGACUCUGAGCUCUCUGACGUCCCGGAGCUGGACUCAGACAUCGAACAGGAGGCCCAGAUGAACUAUGAGCGCCAGGUGUAUAAGGAGGACCUGCCCCAGUUGAAGCAGCAGGGCCAGGAGCAGAAGCAGCUGCUCAGCUCACUCACACGGCAGAAAGCUCCGGAGGAGAGGCUACGACUGCAGUUUGUACAUGGGUACAGAGGCUGGGACUGCAGGAACAACCUGUUCUACACGCAGGCGGGGGAGGUGGUGUACCACGUGGCGGCCGUAGCCGUGGUCUACAACCGGCAGCAGCACGCGCAGCGCUUCUACCUGGGCCACGACGACGACAUCCUCAGCCUGGCAGUGCACCCGCUCAAGGACUACGUGGCAACUGGGCAGGUGGGACGGGAUCCUGCCAUCCACAUCUGGGACAUCCCGACCCUGAAGUGUUUAUCCCUGCUGAAGGGGCAUCACCAGAGGGGGGUGUGUGCCCUGGAGUUCACAGCUGAUGGGAAGAGCUUGAUCUCCAUCGGAAUCGAUGAAGGUCACAUGAUCGUGAUCUGGGACUGGAAGAAGGGGGAGAAGCUGGCUACAGCAAGGGGACACAAGGACAAGUUGUUUGUGGUGAAGGCUAACCCAUUUCGGAUGGACAAGCUGGUCACUGUAGGAGUGAAGCACAUCAAGUUCUGGCAGCACACAGGGGGGGGUCUGACGUUUAAGCGGGGGGCCUUCGGGGGCCUGGCCCGGCUGGAGACCAUGCUGUCGGUGUGCUACGGGCGGGCCGAGGAUCUGGUGUUCUCGGGCGGGGCCACGGGGGACGUGUUCGUCUGGAAGGACGUCCGGCUGCUGAAGACUGUGAAGGCGCACGAUGGUCCCGUGUUCGCCAUGUACGCCCUGGACAAGGGCUUUGUGACGGGCGGUAAGGACGGGGUGGUGGAGCUCUGGGACGACAUGUUCGAGCGCUGCCUGAAGACCUACGCCAUCAAGCGCCUGGCCCUGUCCCCCUCAUCCAAGGGCCUGCUCCUAGAGGAUAACCCCUCAGUCAGGGCCCUUUCUCUGGGACACGGACGCAUCCUGGUGGGCACCAAGAACGGGGAGGUGCUGGAAAUCGACAAGAGCGGCCCCAUGACCCUGCUGGUACAGGGUCACAUGGAGGGGGAGGUGUGGGGGCUGGCCGCUCACCCCCUGCUGCCCGUGUGCGCCACGGUGAGUGACGACAGGACCCUGCGCAUCUGGGAGCUCUCAGCCAAUCACCGCAUGGUCGCCGUGCGCAAGCUCCGCAGAGGGGGCCGGUGCUGUGCCUUCUCCCCCGAUGGGAAGGCUCUGGCGGUGGGGCUGAACGAUGGCAGCUUCCUGGUGGUGAACUCCGACACCCUGGAGGACCUGGUGUCCUUCCACCACAGGAGGGAGAUCAUCUCCGACAUCCGCUUCUCCCCAGACUCUGGUAAAUAUCUGGCCGUGGCGUCCCAUGACUCGUUCGUGGACAUCUACAAUGUGCUGACCAGCAAGAGGGUGGGAAUCUGCAAGGGAGCAUCCAGCUACAUCCGGCACAUCGACUGGGACUCCCGCGGUAAAUUGCUGCAGGUGAACUCAGGAGCGAAAGAACAGCUUUUCUUCGAAGCCCCGAGAGGAAAGAGACAGACCAUCCCCCCCACAGAGGUGGAGAAGGUGCAGUGGGCCUCCUGGAGCUCUGUCCUGGGGCCCACCUGUGAGGGGAUCUGGGCCCCGCACAGCGACGUCAACGCCACCGCCCUCACCCGCGACCGCACGCUCCUCGCCUCUGGGGACGACUUCGGCUUCGUCAAGCUCUUCACCUACCCCGCCAAGGGGCAGCACGCGCGGUUUAAGCGCUAUGUGGGGCACAGCGCCCAUGUGACGUGCGUGCGCUGGGCGCAGGAUGACGCGGCGCUGCUGACUGUGGGCGGGGCCGACACGGCGCUGAUGAUCUGGGGGCGGGACCAGGCCGGCGGCCGCGAGAGCAGAGCUGUGGACAGCGAGGAGUCGGACUGCGACACGGAGGAGGAUGGCGGCUAUGACAGUGACGUUGCGUGGGAGAAGGGGCUGGACUACGUCUCUAAGGCACACGCGGGGAGCAUCCGGCAGAUGAGCGGCACCAAGCCACACCUCCAGCCCAAGGAGGCUCCGCCCGAGGAGAGUCGGCCUCCGGUCAGCAGAGGAGCCCCGUUGCCUGAGAAACUGCAGAAGAACAACGUGACCAAGAAGAAAACGCUGGUGGAGAACCUGGUUCUGGAUCACGUGUUUGGUUACCGUGGUUUUGACUGUCGUAGCAACCUGCAUUACCUCAACGACGGCGCUGACAUCAUCUUCCACACAGCGGCCACGGCCAUCAUACAGAACCUCUCUGCAGGGACCCAGAGUUUCUACCUGGAGCACACAGAUGACAUCCUCUGUUUGACUGUCAAUCAACACCCCAAAUUCCAGAAUGUCAUAGCAACGGGACAGAUCGGUGAUGUCACAGACCUCCCAGGCUCCGCCCCCUGCAUCCACGUGUGGGAUGCGGUGAAUAAGCAGACGCUGUCCAUCCUGCGCUGCUCCCACGGGAAGGGCGUGGGCUACGUGCACUUCAGUGCCACGGGCAAACUGCUGCUCUCUGUGGGGGCGGAGCCCCAGCACACCAUCACCGUGUGGCGCUGGCAGGAGGGGGCCAAAGUGACCAGUAAGGGCGGGCACUCGGACCGGAUCUUCGUGGUGGAGUUCCGGCCGGACUCGGAUACGCAGUUCGUCUCUGUGGGGAUCAAGCACAUUAAGUUCUGGACGCUGGUUGGCGGGGCCCUGGUGUAUAAGAAGGGGGUGAUCGGGUCUGUGGAGGACGGGAAGAUGCAGACCAUGCUGUCUGUGGCCUUCGGGGCGAAUAACCUGACGUUCACGGGGGCCAUUAACGGGGAUGUGUUUGUGUGGCGGGAUCACUUCCUGCUGCGCGUGGUCGCCAAAGCUCACACCGGGCCGGUCUUCACCAUGUACACCACACUCAGAGAUGGACUCAUCGUCACCGGGGGCAAGGAGAGACCCACUAAGGAGGGCGGUGCAGUGAAGCUGUGGGAUCAGGAGAUGACGCGGUGUCGGGCCUUCCAGCUGGAGACGGGACAGAGUGUGGAGAACGUGCGCUCUGUGUGCCGUGGGAAGGGGAAGAUCCUGGUGGGCACGAAGGACGGGGAGAUCCUGGAGGUCGGGGAGAAGACGGCCGCCUCCAACAUGCUGAUGAACGGGCACACGCAGGGCGAGGUGUGGGGCCUGGCCACGCACCCUCACCGGGACACGCUGCUCUCCGCCAGCGACGACGGCACCAUACGCAUCUGGGACCUGACCGACAAGAAGCUGUUGAAUAAGGUGAGUCUGGGCCAGCCUGCAAAGUGUGCGAGCUACAGUCCAGAGGGAGAGAGGGUGUCCAUCGGUCUGCAGAACGGGGAGUUCAUCCUGCUCUCCGUCUCCUCCCUCACCGUCUGGGGCAAGAAGCGCGACCGCAACGUGCCCAUACAGGACAUCCGGUUCAGCCCGGACAGCCGGCUCCUGGCGGUGGGGUCACUCGAGGGCACGGUGGACUUCUAUGACCUCACACUCGGCCCCGCCCUCAAUCGCGUGGGCUUCUGUAAGGACGUCCCCGGAUUCAUCACGCAGAUCGACUUCAGCGCCGACAGCCAGUACAUACAGGUGUGCACGGGGGCGUACAGGAGGCAGGUGCACGAGGUCCCCACGGGGAGACAGGUGACCGAGCAGCCCAUCAUCGACAGGGUCACCUGGGCCACCUGGACCAGCAUUCUGGGGGAUGAGGUCCUGGGCAUCUGGCCGCGGAGCCCGGAGAAGGCGGAGGUGACCUGUGCCUGUGUGUCUCACGCCGGGCUGAACAUCGUCACGGGAGACGGCUUCGGCCUGGUCAAGCUCUUCGACUUCCCCUGCAGCGAGAAAUUUGCCAAACACAAGCGCUACUUCGGCCACUCCGCUCACGUGACGAACAUCCGCUUCACCCACGACGACAAGUAUGUGGUCAGCACGGGCGGCCAGGACCGCAGUGUGUUCGUAUGGAAGUGCCUUUGACAGGGAUGCUUCCAGAAGUCCAGUGGAGUCUGUUUCCCAUCCCAGCACCUCGGUCGUCCGGCGACUGCGGCCCCUGCGGUCCAGCUCCUGACGGGCUGCGGUCCUGCACUCCCACUGAACCGCCACGCUACACCCUGGUUUCAAGCGAUGUUGGAUCGUUAGUUUUCUCCGAGCUGGGUAUACAUCAUAACUGGGCCAUCCGACUCGAUCCCGUUCAAAUGCUUCAUGGUCGGAUCUUUUGUCUUUUUUUUCUUUUCUUUUUUUAAAUUUCUUGUGGCUGCGUAUUAGUUCCUGACGGACUGUUUACAUUCUAGGCUAGCAAUCGGCUAGUUAUAGCAAAGCUAUUUCUAGGCUGUUACGAAUGCAAAUAGACAGGAAAUUGAAUGCUGCAGUACUAUAGGUAUCACAUAAUGUCUGUGUUUUAAAUGUGUAGCUGUGUGUUCACUUGUGGUUUUAUUGUAGGACAUUUCUUAUGGUUCACGGAGAACUAUGUUUAUUCGAGCAUGUUGGCAAGAGCGAGGCUAUGUCACAACUCGGCCAAUCUGUGCUGCAUCUAUCCUGAUUGCCCCGACUUGAUCAGCCGACGUAAUUAGGAGUUCACGUCUUUGUGGUGGGAGGCCUGUGUGUAUGCAGGUUUUUAGUCCAGCCUUUAUAUUAUUACUUUACAGUCAUUUGGCAGACGCUCUUAGCUAUCCAGAGCGACAUACGA